AUGUUACGACCAGAUAAGCCCCAAUGCGUGUCCGCACCUCCUGAACUUAUCUUAUCGCACUGUCAAUUCGGAGAUUGCCGGUAUAACUGCACAGUUCGACUCAGCCACCCAUUCCGUUUUCGUCAGUAUCCCAAAUAUUGUCCGGCGCCGGUCUCAACAGCUUCAAGCAAAAGGUGCUGGGAGUAUCGUCAGCUGAACGUUAUCCACCGCGCUUCCCGCCCAUCUCGCCCCGACAAGGCCCGCCGUCUUGGUUACAAGGCCAAGCAGGGAUAUGUCGUCUACCGUAUUCGUGUUCGUCGCGGGAACCGCAAGAAGCCUGUCCCCAAGGGUGCGCUCUAG